UGGGUGGCGCACGCCAUUGGUCGCGCACGGCGGGUGAGGCCCGCGUGACGGCUCGUGAGGGCUAGAGAGCCGGGCGGGGCUGCGGGGCUCCGGCGCUGAGAGUUUCCGGAGCUCAGGGCCACGCCACCACCGCGGGACUAUGAUCCGGAACGGGCACGGGACUGCGGAAGGUGCCGGGCAGCCCGGUCGGGGGGCCAGGAGCGCCGUGCGUGUGUGGUGCGACGGCUGCUAUGACAUGGUGCAUUAUGGCCACUCCAACCAACUGCGCCAGGCGCGGGGUAUGGGCGACUACCUCAUUGUGGGUGUGCAUACUGAUGAGGAGAUUGCCAAGCACAAGGGGCCUCCGGUGUUUACCCAGGAAGAGAGAUACAAGAUGGUACAGGCCAUCAAGUGGGUAGAUGAGGUGGUACCUGCUGCUCCCUAUGUUACCACACUGGAGACACUGGACAAGUACAACUGUGACUUCUGUGUUCAUGGCAAUGACAUCACAUUGACCGUUGAUGGCCGUGAUACCUAUGAGGAAGUGAAGCAGGCAGGGAGGUACAGAGAAUGCAAGCGCACUCAGGGUGUGUCAACUACAGACCUCGUGGGCCGCAUGCUGCUGGUGACCAAGGCCCAUCACAGCAAUCAGGAGCUGUCCUCUGAGUACCGCGAGUAUGCAGACAGCUUUGGCAAGUGCCCUGGAGGACGGAACCCCUGGACAGGGGUGUCCCAGUUCCUACAGACAUCUCAGAAGAUCAUCCAGUUUGCUUCUGGAAAGGAGCCCCAGCCAGGGGAGACUGUAAUCUAUGUAGCUGGGGCCUUCGACCUGUUCCACAUUGGACAUGUGGACUUCCUGGAGAAGGUGCACAGGCUGGCAGACAAGCCCUAUGUCAUUGCUGGCUUACACUUUGACCAGGAGGUCAACCGAUACAAGGGGAAGAACUACCCCAUCAUGAACCUGCACGAGCGGACACUGAGUGUGUUGGCCUGCCGGUACGUGUCAGAAGUGGUAAUUGGGGCACCAUAUGCAGUCACAGCAGAGCUUCUGGGUCACUUCAAGGUGGACCUGGUAUGUCACGGGAAGACAGAGAUUGUACCUGACAGGGAUGGGUCUGAUCCCUACCAGGAGCCCAAGAGAAGAGGCAUAUUCCGCCAGAUUGACAGUGGCAGCAACCUCACCACAGACCUUAUUGUGCAGAGGAUCAUCAAGAACAGGUUAGAAUAUGAGGCACGAAACCAGAAGAAAGAAGCCAAGGAACUAGCCUUCCUGGAGGCCAUGAGGCAACAGGAGGCACAUCCCAUGGGGGAGGAUGAGUAGACUGCCAGCCCACAGGACUGUCUUGGAGAGCCUGGGCACCAUGGCACCCACUCUGCUCUGUUUCUGCGUCUAAGCACCCAUGAUUCUAAAGGAAGCCGCGGCAUCACCCUGGCUGGCCACAGAGGUCCAGCGUGGAGGCUGUUGCUCCUACUGCAAGGUGCCUGUCCUGCAGCAGGCCUUCAAUUCUCACCACAUGGGAGUGGCGCAGCCUGUAUGACAAGCAGAAGGCAUCUGUGACCCAAGGAAUUCUUCUGUCUGCUUCUGCUGACUGGGUUCCAGCUGUAGCUCCUCCAUCUUGGAUGGGCAUGCCCUCUCUCCUAGCUGACAGCUGUACUCACUCUCCACCCAGCUUUCAUUGGGAGCACAGAUGGGACAGCCUUGGGGAGCUGUGGCCCUGGGGUUGGUUGCCUCCAAGUGGGCACACUCUGUCAUGCAGUACAUCCCAGCACCCCUUGCCUGGCUCCAGAAGGAUUUCAAUUUGCCCUGCCCACCGACCCAGCCUUGUCAUUCUUCCACAGACUUCUGGUUGUCCAUGCUAUACUCAGUGGCUGGUAUAACUCAUUGCAACUGAAUAAAGCUUGGUGGGA